ACAUCUGACGAAAUGUUGCUGCUCGAAGAGGAUAUCCUCAUAAGUCAAGCGUAUUACUCUAAUUCGCCGCUCUUUGCCUUUGACUCGUCCUCCGUGGGGGACCUACAGCAAUUGUUGCAGAGCGAGGCAUUCAAGCAGAAUAUGUCAUUGACUCUGAAUAUAUCGACGGAGAACCUAACGGAUCUGCUAAACACUGCGCAGCUCAAUCAGACCUGGGAGUUGCCGCAGCAGCAGCUCCCCAUGUCCGCACUGAUAACGCUUACCGUCUUCUACGCCAUCAUUUUCGUGGCUGGUGUGUUGGGUAAUCUCAUUACUUGCAUUGUUAUCUCGAGAAAUAAAUUUAUGCUCACCGCGACUAAUUUCUAUCUCUUCAACUUGGCUGUGUCGGAUUUGGUGUUGCUAUUGUCAGGAUUCCCCGGCCGCUAUCAGAGUUAAAGCCGCAAACACAGCGCACUGCUAAGCCAGAACGGUUCCAUGCGUCUUCAUACAACGGUGAAUAACAACGCUCUCGAUAACUACCACUCUUACCGAGUUACGUAUUUGCAUUGUCGUGACCAAAAACAUCAACUCUCUCUUCAGGACAGCAUCCGAACAACAACAACGACGACCACAAUCAACAGCAGCGGUGAAAUGGGUGGCAACAGCGUUAGUCGUCAUUCAUCACAUCGUUCCCGUUAUACCUCCCCACUGACAACAACUCUCACCAAACGAGAAGAAAUCGUUGCAAAUCAAGUAAAUGGUAUAACUGCAGCGACCGCUACCAAACUACAACAACAUCAGAAGCAACACCAUCACAUGCUGCAAUCUCAACUGUCGCAACGUUCCAAUGGUGGCGAUAGCAAUAUUCUACUCGAAGAGUUGGGCAGUGUGCAUAACUUUUGUCUCGGUCAUCCGCAGUCUUCAGCCAUAAAUUGCAACCGUAGUGACAAUUUGCGUCGCUCCUUCAUUAACAGUAGUAUGGUGCAUGCAACGCGUAAUGCGCGACCCCUCGGCGAUGAUCACAUGUCGAUUAACUCGCAAGAGUGGGACAGCCGUACCAAUCAAUAUGAACUGGGUGAUGCACUUUGUAUGAGUAAACUUGAGUCCAAACUGAUUAAGCCCGAUACACCAAAUAGUUUGACAAAAGCGUGUUCGUUGGGUGCUAAGCUGACACCGACCAUAAAGCCUGUGACCUCCUUAGCGAAAUUGAACGCGUAUGGACCGGCAAGUGUGCGCCUAAAACUUUUACGAAUAAGAAGUCGACGUAUGCUGUCGACGAUGCUGAAUGGCCCUCAUAUUGGUGGUGGUCAUAUUGAAAAUAACGCUUCGUAA